GUCGAUGUAUUGAAAAUUGAAGGAAAGAGCUGCUCUCAGAGUGAGAGAAAAUUGCAAAGAGGAGAUGCUCUGACAGAAUGCAACGUCGAAAUGUUAGACCUACCAAGAAAUGAGGAAAAGAGGCAUUCAUUGUACGACUUGCAACAAAUAUUAACCUUGCUACAGAAAGAGGAUUUAAAGCGACAGGCUUCCAACACAGCUUCAUCAUCUCGAAAUGCAAGCGCCACCUCUAAUGCAAGCGGAAGGGAACCCAGUGAGUCCGUUUAUGACUUAAGGGAGUUCUUGUUAAUGGCGGCGGCCGAAGCUUCGAGCGCAGGGCAACUUAAAAAGACACAAACGAACAAAUUAAGCGCCAAUAACUCACAGACGAGUUCGUCGUCGCAUCUCGCACCUCCUGGGGAGAGAGAAAGACGGUAGAAAAGGCUCAGUUUACGACUUAAUGGAGUUUCUCACUCUUGGAAAUAGCAGUGAAACGGGUUCUGGAUCCACAAGUGAAAACUCGAGCCGUUCGACUUCACCGCGAAUUUUAUCAUCACCGCAUGCCAGCUCUAGCUCAAAUAACUUGCUAUCCGUCUCAGUUGCCAACAAUGGUGAGGAAAGCAGGAGAGCGUCUACCUACGACCUCAUGGAGUUUCUAUCUCUGCCGCGUUCUGGGGGUAAUUCGCGCCCUGAUUCAGGUCCUAGCAGACCAGCUCUUCACGAGGAAGGCUCUAGCGCAGCAGAAAGCAAAAUGAGCGAUUCAGUUACCGAAAAGUUUAAAGAGAAACGAAGUCUAUCUAUGUACGAUCUGGAAGAAUUCCUGUCUAUGACAUCUGAUAUACCACCGCUUGUGCGAGUCACACCUUGGGAAGAAGAGCAAAAAACAAAUAGUAGCAAAACUGUUUCGGAUUCUGAAGAAGGUGCCAAAAGAGAUUUGCAACAGCCGAGAGGGUCAGUGUAUGACCUAAGUGAAAUCCUGAGCGUGUUACAACAGGAAAAUGAGAAAAGGCAUGAGUCUGCGUCUAAUUUACGCCAGAUGCUGUUUCAUUUUCAACGUGAAGCCGAAAAAAACCGGUCAAUCUUCACUUACGCAAUCAACUAAUUUACCCGCCAAAUAUACUGUCGGUUCCUCUCCCGUAACUCCAACUAUAGAGAACAGUGGCUACUCGACCGGUAGUGAUCAAGCAGCAUCAACAGACGCACCCAAAAAUAUGGAUGUAACUGAGAACAGUCGGCACAUGUCUGUGUAUGAUCUUAGAGAGUUCCUUUCAAUUUAUGCCGCUCAACAAAACCCGUCGGCAACUCAUCAGCAACAGCUUUCAUCGGCAGUUUCGUUGAGGCGAAAAUUUUCCGGAGUUUCACAAAGCGGUGUGAGUAUACUCGUCACUGACGAAUCCAACAGAAGCAUCGACAGCGAAUUUUACGAAGAUGUUUUUCUUCCAGUACCAAGUACAGAACCUAGCGGUGCGUCUGAUCCAUCGCGUAAAAGAAGCUCUAUUUACGAUCUCCGCGAGUUCUUGAGCAUUUUAAAUGCAGACGAAUCUCCCUUGAGAAGACGAUUAUCUAGCGUGUCAUCUGCAUCGUCUAAAUCCAGCGAAAGUGAAUGGGAAUCAAAUUCUGCCAAAACUACUGGCCCGUUAAAACCAGCCGGUCCGAGUCAUGGCAGGGAAAAUUCCGCGAGACCACAACUGUUCCCACGCCAGGAUUCCGGCGGGAGCCUUUCUCUAUAUGACCUUGGCGAGUUUCUCUCGCUUUUGAACACAGAAGAAUCUCCAUUGCGAAGAAGGCUUUCGAGCGUCAACGAUAAGAUCUCUGCGCAAGGUGAAGAGGGAGCGCGCACGCCGGUUCUUUCCAGAAGCGAUUCCGAAAAGGGUCUUUACAGCUUAGAAGAAAUAUUAACUGUUAUGAAUGAGCUUGAGCAAAGGAAUAGUAGCGAGAACAUGAGUGGAGACAUUGAAGGCAAUGUUGGAGAAGAAAUCAGUAUUCAAGUUCCGACUUUACUGCCAAAAGCUGAU